AUGGCCCUAUACCCCUCUUUGAGAAGCCUCAUUGCUUCUCUCUGCUUUUGUUUUCUUGCUUUUUCUCUCUCAGCUUUUGGACGACCAGCCACUUUUCUGCAAGAUUUCCAAGUCACAUGGUCUGAUUCUCACAUCAGGCAAAUCGAUGGAGGGAGGGCCAUCCAACUUAUUCUUGACCAAAAUUCUGGAUGUGGGUUUGCCUCCAAACGCAAGUACUUGUUUGGGCGUGUGAGCAUGAAGAUCAAGCUCAUCCCUGGAGAUUCUGCUGGAACUGUCACUGCUUUCUAUAUGAACUCAGACACAGACGCAGUGCGUGAUGAGUUAGACUUUGAGUUCUUGGGGAACCGGACUGGGCAGCCUUAUACAGUCCAAACCAAUAUAUAUGCUCAUGGGAAGGGUAAUAGGGAGCAAAGGGUCAACCUCUGGUUUGACCCUUCUGCAGAUUUCCACACUUACACAAUACUCUGGAACCAUCACCAUAUUGUUUUCUAUGUGGAUGAGGUGCCUAUAAGGGUGUACAAGAACAAUGAAGCCAGAGGAGUUCCAUACCCCAAGCUCCAACCCAUGGGGGUCUUUUCAACAUUGUGGGAAGCUGAUGAUUGGGCUACAAGAGGAGGGCUUGAGAAGAUAAACUGGAGCAAAGCUCCUUUCUAUUCUUACUACAGGGAUUUUGAUAUUGAGGGGUGCUCUGUGCCAGGACCAGCCAACUGUGCCUCAAGCGCCACUAACUGGUGGGAAGGGACUGCCUACCAAGCUCUCAAUGCCCUUGAAUAUAGAAGAUACAGGUGGGUUCGUAUCAACCACAUGAUCUACGAUUACUGCACCGAUAAAUCCCGGUACCCGGUAGCCCCACCGGAGUGUCUCGCGGGGUUCUAA